CGGGGACAAAACAGACGCGCGCUGGUUGGCUACGUUACGAAGGCGGCCAUGUGAUUGGCAUUCUCUGGGUACAGCUCUGACAUUGAACGGGCACUAUGCUGGGCUUACGAACCCGUUUUCAGCAGCUUCGGGCACUUAGUUCGGUGGCCACGGCGGUGCCUCAGAUUGACAACUCCUCGGAUUUCCUGUCUCGAGUUCCUCAUCGGAAACAUCCUGGAAUAUUACAUAUGAAUAUGGCUCAAUUGCCAAAGGAGGCUCAAGAUGCAGUUCAGAUCUUAUUACGAAGAAGUGCCGUCAGACAAUUAGAAGAACAUGUCUCCUCACUGAACAACUACUUAUGGAGCCGAAAACGUCCACCUGAAGAUAGAGAAUUAAGAGAAAAAGCUAUGGGACUAGAGCAAAAGUUUAAAGAAAACACGCACUUUGAAUCGGCAGAUAUACAUAUUUAUCGAAAAGAAGAAAAGUUAAAAAAUGAUGUACUUUCUACUUUACGAAAGAACACUUAUCACUGGCAGCCUUUAAGCUACACGGAGCAGCUUGGCUUGGUAUAUUUGGCCGCACGUUUUGAUGGAGGAUUUGCUGCGGUAUCUAGAGUGCUACAGGAGAUAUAUCAAGGCGUUCCUGAGUUCACCCCGCAGACAUUGAUGGAUUUUGGAUCCGGUGUUGGUUCGGUGCCAUGGGCAGCCCAUGGUAUAUGGGGUAAUAAACUGAAAGAAUAUAUGUGUAUCGACUCCUCCGCAUCAAUGAAUACUCUCAGUGAACUGGUAUUGAGGGGCGGGUCAGAAAAGGGCCAGAUGCACAUCUCUGGCAUUCAUUACAGACAAUUUUUGCCAGUUUCACCCAAGGUACAGUUUGACCUAGUUGUUUCUGCAUACUCUUUAAAUGAACUUCCCAACUUUGCCGAACGAGAGAAAACCAUCCAGACAUUAUGGAGGAAAACAGGAGGUUUUCUGGUGUUGGUAGAAAAUGGUACUCGAGAAGGACAUCAGCUUUUAAUGGAGGCUCGGGAUAUAGUUAUAAAGGGAGGUGACAAAGAAGUUUUGGAUCACCGUCCAGCUUGUGUUUUUGCGCCAUGCCCACAUCAGCUAGAAUGUCCCAAACUUGCUAGAAGCUCACAGACACCAUGUAAUUUUGUACAACAGUACCAACCACUGAAGUUUAAAUGGAACCCAUCCGCGCGCUGGGAGAAAUUUUCCUUCUUAAUAUUCUCACGUGGCCCUGUGGGAGAAAAUGACAGGCAUUGGCCCCGUGUGGUUGGACCUGUUCUUCGUAGACCACGUCACGUUCACUGUAACACGUGCUGUGCUGAUGGAAAAUUGCAUCAUGAUGUCAUCACGCCCAAAAGACAUGGAAAGGACCUCUACCGUUGUGCUAGGAACUGUGAGUGGGGGGACCGUCUGCCAGCAAUUAUUCCCAACUCUAGUCUUUAUAAAGCAGAGUAUGAUGAAAAGGAGCCUGCUUCAUAGUGCAUGGAAAAGUGGAUACAAUGAUGGGACAUCUAUGCCGUGAGGACCUACUGGGACCACCAGGAUAUGUUUUUUUUGUUUUUUUACAGUGUCCACCUUUUAUAUUUAUUCUUGGAAUAUAAAAUUGUUAAUAUUUUCUGACUGUGUGUGUGACUGAUCAUCUCCACAUACUGGACCUCUGUGGAAUGCUUUGGAUUCUCAUAUUAGUGAUGAACUACAAACAGCAAAGUCAUCCAAAGCUUUCUAAAAAUAAAAAAUGCUUUAAAAUU